GGCUGUUUCAGAGGUCCCCUAGACGGGAAGGGCAAGCCGCCAGGCGGGUCUGUGGAGCGAACGAUGGAGAGCACCUCCCCGCGAGGUCUCCGGUGCCCACAGCUCUGCAGCCACUCUGGCGCCAUGAGGGCGCCGACCACCGCCCGCUGCUCCGGAUGCAUCCAACGAGUGCGUUGGAGGGGCUUCCUGCCACUUGUCCUGGCUCUCUUGAUGGGGACAAGUCAUGCCCAACGGGAUUCCGUAGGGAGAUACGAACCAGCUAGCAGGGAUGCGAAUCGGUUGUGGCGCCCCGUGGGCAGCCACCCCGCAGCGGCUGCAGCCAAGGUGUACAGUCUGUUCCGAGAGCCUGACGCGCCGGUCCCCGGCUUGUCGCCCUCUGAGUGGAACCAGCCCGGCCAGGGGAACCCUGGGAGGCUCGCAGAGGCCGAGGCCAGGAGGCUGUCCCGAGCCCAACAGCUGCGUCGAGUCCAGCCACCUGUCCAGACUCGGAGAAGCCAUCCCCGGGGCCAGCAGCAGCUAGCAGCCCGGGCUGCAUCUUCUGUUGUGCGCCUGGAGACCCCUCAGCGACCCGCGGCUGCACGGCGAGGGCGGCUCACCGGGAGAAAUGUCUGCGGGGGACAGUGCUGCCCAGGAUGGACGACAUCAAACAGCACCAACCACUGUAUCAAACCUGUGUGUCAGCCUCCCUGUCAGAACCGGGGCUCCUGCAGCAGACCCCAGCUCUGCAUCUGCCGUUCCGGCUUCCGUGGGGCACGCUGUGAGGAGCUCAUCCCUGAGGAGGAAUUUGACCCUCAGAAUGCCAGGCCUGUGCCCAGACGCUCCGUGGAGGGAGCACCCGGCCCCCACAGGAGCAGUGAGGCCAGAGGAAGUCUAAUGACCAGAAUACAGCCACUGGCACCACCACCAUCACCACCUCCAUCUCGGCGCCUCAGCCAGCCCCACCCUCUGCAGCAGCACUCAGGGCUGUCCAGGACAGUUCGUCGGUAUCCGGCCACUGGUGCCAAUGGCCAGCUGAUAUCCAACGCUUUGCCUUCAGGACUGGAGCUAAGAGACAGCAGCCCACAGGCAGCACACGUGAACCAUCUCUCACUGCCCUGGGGGCUGAACCUCACCGAGAAAAUCAAGAAAAUCAAAGUCGUCUUCACCCCUACUAUCUGCAAGCAGACCUGUGCCCGGGGACGCUGCGCCAACAGCUGUGAGAAGGGCGACACCACCACCUUGUACAGUCAGGGCGGCCAUGGCCAUGACCCCAAGUCUGGCUUCCGUAUCUAUUUCUGCCAAAUCCCCUGCCUGAAUGGGGGCCGCUGCAUUGGCCGGGACGAGUGCUGGUGUCCAGCCAACUCCACAGGGAAGUUCUGCCAUCUACCUGUCCCGCAGCCAGACAGGGAACCUGCAGGGCGAGGCUCCAGGCACAGAGCCCUGCUGGAAGGGCCCUUGAAGCAAUCCACCUUCACGCUGCCUCUCUCUAACCAGCUCGCCUCUGUGAACCCCUCGCUGGUGAAGGUGCAAAUUCAUCACCCACCUGAGGCCUCUGUGCAGAUUCACCAGGUAGCCCGGGUCCGGGGUGAGCUGGAGCCCGUGCUAGAGGACAACAGUGUGGAGACCAGAGCCUCUCGUCGCCCCCACGGCAGCCUAGGCCACAGCCCCUGGGCCACCAACAGCAUACCCGCCCGGGCCGGAGAGACCCCUCGGCCAUCACCAGUGCUGUCUGGGCAUUAUGGACUUCUGGGCCAGUGUUACCUGAGCACGGUGAAUGGACAGUGUGCUAACCCCCUCGGGGAGCUGACUUCUCAGGAGGACUGCUGUGGCAGUGUGGGGACCUUCUGGGGGGUGACCUCCUGUACUCCCUGCCCAUCCAGACCAGCUUUCCCAGUGAUUGAAAAUGGCCAGCUGGAGUGUCCCCAAGGAUACAAGAGACUGAACCUCAGCCACUGCCAAGAUAUCAAUGAGUGCCUGACCCUGGGCCUCUGCAAGGACUCAGAGUGUGUGAACACCAGGGGCAGCUACCUGUGCACCUGCAGGCCUGGCCUCAUGCUGGAUCCGUCAAGGAGCCGCUGUGUCUCGGACAAGGCUGUCUCCAUGCAGCAGGGACUAUGCUACCGGUCCCUGGGGUCUGGCACCUGCACCCUGCCUUUGGUACAUCGGAUCACCAAGCAGAUAUGCUGCUGUAGCCGUGUGGGCAAAGCCUGGGGCAGCACGUGUGAACAGUGCCCCCUGCCUGGCACAGAAGCCUUCAGGGAGAUCUGCCCUGCUGGCCACGGUUACACCUACUCCAGCUCAGACAUCCGCCUGUCUAUGAGGAAAGCCGAGGAGGAGGAACUGGCUAGCCCCUUAAGGGAGCAGACAGCACAGAGCACUGCACCCCCACCUGGGCAAGCAGGGAGGCAACCACUCCGGGCAGCCACCGCCACCUGGAUUGAGGCUGAGACCCUCCCUGACAAAGGUGACUCUCGGGCUGUUCAGAUCACAACCAGUGCUCCCCACCUACCUGCCCGGGUACCAGGGGAUGCCACUGGAAGACCAGCAUCCUUGCCUGAACAGGGCAUCCCAGAGAGUCCAGCAGAAGAGCAUGUGAUUCCCUCCAGUGAUGUCUCGGUGACACACAGCCCCCCAGACUUUGAUCCAUGUUUUGCUGGAGCCUCCAACAUCUGUGGCCCUGGGACCUGUGUGAGCCUCCCAAAUGGAUACAGAUGUGUCUGCAGCCCUGGCUACCAGCUACACCCCAGCCAGGACUACUGUACUGAUGACAAUGAGUGUCUGAGGAACCCCUGUGAAGGAAGAGGGCGCUGUGUCAACAGUGUGGGCUCCUACUCCUGCCUCUGCUAUCCUGGCUACACACUAGCCACCCUCGGAGACACGCACGAGUGCCAAGAUAUAGAUGAGUGUGAGCAGCCCGGGGUGUGCAGUGGUGGGCGAUGCAGCAACACGCGGGGCUCGUACCACUGCGAGUGUGAUCGGGGCUACAUCAUGGUCAGGAAAGGACAUUGUCAAGAUAUCGACGAGUGCCGUCACCCUGGUACCUGCCCUGAUGGGAGAUGCGUCAACUCCCCUGGCUCCUACACUUGUCUGGCCUGUGAGGAGGGCUAUGUAGGCCAGAGUGGGAGCUGUGUAGAUGUCAAUGAGUGUCUGACCCCUGGGAUAUGUGCCCAUGGACGGUGCAUCAACAUGGAAGGCUCUUUUAGAUGCUCUUGUGAGCCAGGCUAUGAGGUCACCCCAGACAAGAAGGGCUGUCAAGAUGUGGACGAGUGCGCCAGCCGAGCCUCGUGCCCCACUGGCCUCUGCCUCAACUCGGAGGGCUCCUUCACCUGCUCAGCCUGUCAGAGCGGGUACUGGGUGAAUGAAGAUGGCACUGCCUGUGAAGACCUGGAUGAAUGUGCCUUCCCUGGAGUCUGCCCCACAGGUGUCUGCACCAACACUGUGGGCUCCUUCUCCUGCAAGGACUGUGACAGGGGCUACCGGCCCAACCCCCUGGGCAACAGAUGCGAAGAUGUGGAUGAGUGUGACGGUCCCCAGAACAGCUGCCUGGGAGGUGAGUGCAAGAACACAGAAGGUUCCUACCAGUGCCUCUGUCCCCGGGGCUUCCAGCUGGCCAAUGGCACCAUAUGUGAGGAUGUGAAUGAGUGUGUUGGGGAAGAGCACUGUGCUCCUCAUGGCGAGUGCCUCAACAGCCCGGGGUCCUUCUUCUGCCUCUGUGCACCCGGCUUUGCUAGUGCUGAGGGGGGCACCAGAUGCCAGGAUGUUGAUGAAUGUGCAGCCACAGACGCAUGUCCGGGAGGACACUGUGUCAACACAGAGGGCUCCUUCAGCUGUCUGUGUGAGACUGGCUUCCAGCCCUCCCCAGACAGCAGAGAAUGUGUGGAUAUUGAUGAGUGUGAGGACCGUGAAGACCCCGUGUGCGGAGCCUGGAGGUGUGAGAACAGUCCUGGUUCCUACCGCUGUGUCCUGGGCUGCCAGCCUGGCUUCUACGUGGCGCCAAAUGGAGACUGCAUUGACAUAGAUGAAUGUGCCAAUGACACUGUGUGUGGGAACCAUGGCUUCUGUGAUAAUACGGAUGGCUCCUUCCGCUGCCUGUGUGACCAGGGCUUCGAGACCUCACCGUCAGGCUGGGAGUGUGUUGAUGUGAACGAGUGUGAGCUCAUGCUGGCAGUGUGUGGGGAGGCGCUCUGUGAGAACGUGGAAGGCUCCUUCCUGUGCCUUUGUGCCAGUGACCUUGAGGAGUAUGAUGCGGAAGAAGGACACUGCCGUCCUCGGGCAACUGGAGCUCGGAGAAUCCCAGACGUCCAGACAGAGGACCAGGCUCCAAGCCUUAUCCGCAUGGAAUGCUACUCUGAACACAAUGGCAGUCCUCCCUGCUCUCAAAUCCUGGGCCAUAACUCCACACAGGCCGAGUGCUGCUGCACUCAGGGUACCAGAUGGGGGAAGGCCUGUGAGCCCUGCCCAUCUGAGGACUCAGUUGAAUUCAGUGGGCUCUGCCCCAGUGGUCAAGGUUAUAUCCCAGUGGAAGGAGCCUGGACAUUUGGACAAACCAUGUAUACAGAUGCCGAUGAGUGUGUACUGUUUGGGCCUGCUCUCUGCCAGAAUGGCCGAUGCCUCAACACAGUGCCUGGCUACAUUUGCCUGUGCAACCCUGGCUACCACUAUGAUGCCUCCAGCAGGAAGUGCCAGGAUCACGACGAAUGCCAGGACCUGGCCUGUGAGAACGGUGAGUGUGUGAACACAGAAGGUUCCUUCCAUUGCUUCUGCAGUCCCCCCCUCACCCUAGACCUCAGCGGGCAGCGCUGUGUGAACAGCACCGGCAGCACAGAGGACUUCCCUGACCAUGACAUCCACAUGGACAUCUGCUGGAAAAAAGUCACCAAUGAUGUGUGCAGCCAGCCUUUGCGUGGGCACCAUACGACCUAUACAGAAUGCUGCUGCCAAGAUGGGGAGGCCUGGAGCCAGCAAUGCGCUCUGUGCCCACCCAGGAGCUCUGAGGUCUAUGCUCAGCUGUGCAACGUGGCUCGGAUUGAGGCAGAGCGGGGAGCAGGGAUCCACUUCCGGCCAGGCUAUGAGUAUGGCCCUGGUCCGGACGAUCUGCCUGAAAACCUCUACGGCCCGGAAGGGGCCCCCUUCUAUAACUACCUGGGCCCCGAGGACACGGCCCCUGAGCCUCCCUUCUCCAACCCAGCCAGACACCUGGGAGACAGCACAGCCAUCCUUGAGCCUCCUCUGCAGCCCUCUGAACUUCAGCCUCACUAUCUAACCAGCCACCCAGAACCCCUGGCCUCCUUCGAAGGCCUUCAGGCUGAGGAAUGUGGCAUCCUGAAUGGCUGUGAGAAUGGCCGCUGCGUGCGUGUGCGGGAGGGCUACACUUGUGACUGCUUUGAAGGCUUCCAGCUGGAUGCCGCCCACAUGGCCUGUGUGGAUGUGAACGAGUGUGAAGACUUGAACGGGCCUGCAGCACUCUGUGCACACGGUCACUGUGAGAACACCGAGGGUUCCUAUCGCUGCCACUGUUCCCCGGGUUACGUGGCAGAGCCAGGCCCCCCACACUGCGCGGCCAAGGAGUAGAAGUGAGGGGUUGCUGUGGGCAGCUAUCUGGAAAUGGCUUCAGCCAUAGGCUGUGGACUUAAGAUUGCUUCCCUAGCUGGGAAGACAUCGCGGCUGGGAAGAUAACGUGAUGACAUCAGGCCAGGGCUCUGGAGCCCAGUUCUGCCAGCCUUGCCAACUUUUUAUCUCUUCCAGCUUAAGUCUGGGUGUGAGCUUCUGUCACUGCCUCUAUGCCAUUGCUUGGCUUAGACACCACAAAUAUCUUAAUGCUUCAGCCACUGGCCGUGAGACACCGCCCACCAGUCUGUCCCGGGGACCACACUAUAGGGCACUCGUCAGGCUGUGCUCUUAGGCUGUGCAAACAUUGCAAGCACCCCUUUCCAGCUGUGAUCCACACAUCAUCCUAAUGGUUCUGUAACGGGGACAGUGGCUACAUCCACCUGGGAAUGGCCUCUUCACAAUCAGUGGAGCAAGAGAGGGUUUGGGGAGUAGCUCCUGUGUCACCUCUCAGAACCAACACCACCACUCGGCCAAGCUGGCAUGAGCUCUUUUUGCCAUAUCUCCAUCCCUUAGACAGUUCUGGGGCCCCAAAAAGGGACCAGUUUCCCUCAUCUCAGAGGAUGAAGGCUAAUACUCACUGAGUGUAAGAAAUACAAAGGAAGAGGAACAGUGAGCCUGAGAAAUUGCGGCAAGAGAGUGAUACAGAAAACAUGGCGAGCUAAUACAAAAGAAGCCAAGAGUUAGACAAAUCUAAAAACACCUAGUUGCUUUGGGCAAAUAAGUACUUGAAGCCCCUUAGAGCCUCUGUGUGCCUGCAGUGAGGCUUGUCACAAGCUCUGGCACCCAUCUGCAAAGGCCUUUCUUAGGCACAUCUAUCCCUACGGGGAAACCCAAAUAGAUGGGCUAACAAUAUAAAGGUCUCCUUUUCAGCUGCUCUUGGCAGAGGAGGCCAGGUUUUCAAAGUUGUUUAUCUCCUCCACUCAGAAGCACUUGCCCUUGUUCCCUCUG